AUGGGCCACAGCAGCCGCCGGAGUCGGAGCCGCAGCGAGUCGCGGGAGCGCGGUAGCAGCAGCACGACGAGCAAGAAAAAAAAGUCGGACAAGGACAAGAAGAAAAUCUCCUCUUCCUCCUCCUCGGCAAAAAACGGCAGCGGCGGCGGCGGCGGCGGCAGUCGAAGCCGUUCGCGUGAGCGUGGCGGGAAGAGUGAAUCGUCCUCGCGAAGAGGAGGCGGCGGGGGGCACCACGACAGAGAGCACGAUCGAAGUAGGGAUAGGGAUCGCGACAGGGAUAGGGACAGGCAUCACCGUGACAAGGACCGGAAGGGCAGUGGCCGGAGCAGGAGGGAUGAUGACGGCGACCGUCGUGACGGGAGCAGAGACCGUAAGCGCUCCAGGGGAAGCGACAGGGACGGGAGGAGGCGCGGCGGGGAUGACCGGGGGAGCGGCGGUAACCCGGACGAGAUGUGGAAGAGGAAGCUGCGCGACGAAGACGAGCAGCUGAAGGAGCUCGACCUAGAUUCGCUCAUGGUGGACGAAGAGGAGGAGGAGAGGCGCCUGGCAGAGCAACGGAGGAAGAGGAAAGAGAAGCUGGAAGCACUGCAAAAACGAAAGAAAGCCGAGGAAGAGGCAGCAGUAACCGUCACCACCACCACCACCACCACGUCCAGCGUAAAGCCAUCCCCUCAAAGCCAGGACAACACAGCCGACGGAGACCUCGCCACGACAAACAACGGUGGCGGGUAUCAGGACGACGCCUCCGACUCGGACGAGGACGCCGGUCCGAUCGAGAUCACCAAGCAAGCUUCGCAAGAUGGAGGGGAGCUCGUCGCCGCCGCCGCCACCGGUGGUGAUGAGGACGAGGCAAGGAACGGAGCGGCGGCGGUUCCAGGCGGAGGCCAAGCUGACGCUAACGGUAGUAACGCCGCCGCCAACAAGGGCAACGGGGUGGCGACGGGGAUGUCGUCGAGCGAGCUGCGAGCGCAGCAGGGCAAGGAGGACAGGCCGGUGUUCGACAUGUUCUCCGCGGCGGCGCUGCCCGCGACGGCAGGGGGGCCCGGCGGAAAGAUGGGUGGCAAGGGGGGGGGGGCGCACGGGAUGUCCUUCUUGGGAGAGGAUGGCGGCGGGGACCAGGGCAACUGGACGGAUGUAGAGGGGUACUACAAGACCAGGGUGGGGGAGGUAAUCGGGGGGAGGUAUACCGUGCUCGGAUCGGUCGGCCAGGGGGUCUUCAGCACCGUGCUCAAGUGCCUCGACACAAGGGUGGCUCUCUGCACAACCUUUCCCAUGUGCAUCAUAGGUGGCGCCAGAGCCCGGCAAGCAAGCAACGUUGCUGCUGUGCUAGCCACGCUAGUGUGUCUGGAGAAAGGACGGCCAUGA